AAUACCUCGUUUUGUAUCGUUAUGAGCUCAUCAUCAACAAACCGAUCGGUAAUUUUGUUUGUUUGUUUGUUUCGGCCAAAACAAUACGAUAUUUGAACCAAACAAAAAAGUUUUUUUCUUGAAAUUAUAUCCAUUGAACGUGAAUAUUUUAUUCGAUUUGAUAAAUAAUUUUUUCGGUUGACAAAAAACAAUAAUAAUGUCACAAUUAGAUUCAACAAUAAAUUUUGGCGGUAAAACAUGGGAAUUAAGUCCAUAUGAAUUACAUAGACAACCACAAGAAGUUAUUACUGAUAAUACUGAAAUUGCUGUUAGUCCACGUAGUUUACAUUCAGAAUUAAUGUGUCCAAUUUGUUUGGAUAUGUUAAAAUCAACAAUGACAACAAAAGAAUGUCUGCAUCGUUUUUGUCAUGAUUGUAUAAUUACCGCUUUACGUAGUGGUAAUAAAGAAUGUCCAACAUGUCGUAAAAAACUUAUAUCAAAACGUUCAUUACGUGCUGAUCCAAAUUUUGAUAUGUUAAUAUCGAAAAUUUAUCCAAGUCGUGAAGAAUAUGAUGCCCAACAGGAAAGAGUUAUCAAUAGUGUUAAUAAACAUUUUGUACAAAAUAUUGAAGAAACAUUACGUAUGCAAGCAUUAAAUCGUACUCGUGGUAAAAGAUCAUUGAAUAAUGAUGAAGAUCCGGUUGAAAAUCGACGAAUACGACCUGAUUCGAAUGGUUUUUCAAAUGAAACAAACAAUGUUGACAAUCAAGAUACUGAUAAUAAUAUACAGGAAAUUGAAUUAAUCAUUAAACCAUUACCACAAGUUGAACGAAGAGAUCCAUCAUUGAAUCAAACAAGAUUUAUGAAAACAACAACAAAAGCAACAAUCAAUCAUAUUGCAAAAUAUUUAAAAAUGCGUUAUAAUUUUGAAUCAUCUGAAGAUGAUGGUACACGUAAUAAUGAUAAUGAUGACGAUAAUGAUAAUGAUGUGGUUGAUAACAAAGAUACAAAUGUAACAAAAUCUGUUGAUAAAUCAAUGAAUAAUAAUUCAAAAAUGAAUGAUACAAAUCAAUCAACAUCAAAUUCAUCGACAACAUCAUCAUCGGCAUUUCCAUUUACAUUAUAUAUAGCAGCAGGACCUGGACAAUAUAAUCCAUUACAAGGAUCAAUAACAUUAGCACAAGUUGAUGAACAAUAUUGGAAAAUAAAUAAACCAUUAGAAUUAUUUUAUGCAUAUAAAGUUAAUCCAACAUCAUAAACAUUUCAUUUCAUUCAUUCAUUCAUUCAGUAUUUAUUUUUGUAAGCAUCAUUGUGUUGUAAUUUUG